CCCGCCUCCCCUCCUGCCCAGGUGACUGACUAAUCCGCCGUCUUCAGGAGACAGAACUGGCCAAGGUUUCUUGGUUGGAGGGUGAGGGGGGCGGGGGGAGGUCAAGUAGUGGCCACCUCGGGGAGGCCUGCACUCCAGGUCCUUCCCCUACAACUUGGCACUGCGGAUACUCCCAACCCGUACCUUCCCAAGUCAGGAACUUGAAGGGGACCCCUUGGCAAUUCUUUUUCUCUCAAGAGCAGACAGCCUUCAGUCCCAGCCGCCACCAGGGCUGGUGUGUCUGACCCAGCUGUGGUUUUUCCAGGCCUGAAGGCCCCGGAGUGUACCAGCGGCAUGUACAAAGAGACCGUCUACUCCGCCUUCAAUCUGCUCAUGCACUACCCACCCCCCUCGGGAGCAGGGCAGCACCCCCAGCCGCAGCCCCCGCUGCACAAGGCCAAUCAGCCCCCCCAUGGUGUCCCCCAACUCUCUCUCUACGACCAUUUCAACAGCCCACACCCCACCCCUGCACCUGCGGACAUCAGCCAGAAGCAAGUUCACAGGCCUCUGCAGACCCCUGACCUCUCUGGCUUCUACUCCCUGACCUCAGGCAGCAUGGGGCAGCUCCCCCACACUGUGAGCUGGUUCACCCACCCGUCCUUGAUGCUAGGUUCUAGUGUACCUGGUCACCCAGCAGCCAUCCCCCACCCGGCCAUUGUGCCCCCCUCAGGGAAGCAGGAGCUUCAGUCCUUCGACCGCAACCUGAAAACACAAGCAGAGUCCAAGGCAGAGAAGGAGGCCAAGAAGCCAACCAUCAAGAAGCCCCUCAAUGCCUUCAUGCUGUACAUGAAGGAGAUGAGAGCCAAGGUCAUCGCAGAGUGCACACUUAAGGAGAGUGCUGCCAUCAACCAGAUCCUGGGCCGCAGGUGGCAUGCGCUGUCGCGAGAAGAGCAGGCCAAGUACUAUGAGCUGGCCCGCAAGGAGAGGCAGCUGCACAUGCAGCUAUACCCAGGCUGGUCAGCGCGGGACAACUAUGGGAAGAAGAAGAGGCGGUCGAGGGAAAAGCACCAAGAAUCCACCACAGACCCUGGCUCGCCUAAGAAAUGCCGUGCUCGCUUUGGCCUCAACCAGCAGACGGAUUGGUGUGGUCCGUGCAGGUGGGUUUGUCCCCACCAUCGUUCUCCCUUUGCUUUAAGCUGCUUCCCUGACUCUGCACAAUUUCCACUGGGCCUGCAGCCCACUCCUUUGGCCCCUCAGCCCACUAGCAUACUCAGCAGACUGGGAAGCCCAGGCCUCCUGAGAAUAGUAGUAAAUACUGAACACAGUGUGUGGAGAAGGCGGCUUGGGUCUAAGUGCAGGAGGAGUGGAAAGAAAGAAUGUUCCAGAAAGGAAGGACAGACUCAAGAAGGUAGCUCUGAUGCCAGCGGGCCUAGCAGGUCCUCAGCAAACAGACAGCUCAAACACCACUAAGGGGGCCUGGAGCCCAUUCUCCCAGGCCUCAAAGUCAUGGCCCAUCGGCUCCCUCACUUCCUCUUCAAGAUGGGAUCCCUGCCUGUACCAUCCUGAGCCCUUAAUCUGAAAAAACAAGGUGACGACACAGAACCAUCUGGUUGCCAGGCAACCAUGUGACUUGCUAUCUUGUACCUACUGAGACCAAAGGGCUGAAGAGGCUGGGGGAGAGAAGCCAGGGUACCCUGGGCUGUCUGAGGGAAAGGGCCCACGUGUUUCACCAUACAACAGAGAAAUACUUGUGGUUGUGACAAAGUUUACCCAACAAGUGGUUAAAGUUUCCUCAGUUUCAGGCCAGGCCUGGCAGGGCUAAUACGGAGGGUACUCCAGGCAGUAAGGCCAGUGGCUCUAAGGAACACUUAUCCAGCCCCUCAGUGUAUCCACCACACUCCCUGUCUAAGGGUAAGGAGGAGUGGAGUUUGGAGUGUGUCUGUGUACCCACAUAUAUAUGCACAGUGGGAAACAACCCUGUCUUCAGAGGAAGUUCUGUUCCAUUCAUUCCAUCAGAGACAAACUGGCCCAGAGAACUCAAGGAUGGUAAUGGACAAGAAGAGUCACUGUCCAUGUCUUCUUCUCUAGCCCAACCUGAGGACUGGGAUGGCUGGGCAAGGAAGCCAUAGGCAUUGCGGCCCCUUGCCUUGGUGCAGAUCUGAGUCCCACAAACACACCUGGAGAAGCUCAAAGGCUGGGACUGGGAGAUGACUCCCUUGGAAGACAGGUGACAGCCCACAGGCCUAGUGACAGAAGGCCCCUGUGCCACCUUGUGGCUGUUCUGGGAACUGCACCUGUCCUAGGUCUGGGCCAGGCCAAGCAGAGUGGUAGUCUGAGGACACUGACUUACCACCCAAGUCACGGGAAGAGAGGACAAGAAAUCAGCCAGGCCUGUGCAAAGGCAGCACUUUUUGGUUGUGGUGUAUGACUAUGAAUUCACCCUCUGUUUACAGAUAACUCUCUUCACUAUUCCUAGGAGGAAAAAGAAAUGCAUUCGGUACUUACCCGGAGAAGGCCGCUGCCCCUGCCCCGUUCCUUCCGAUGACAGUGCUCUAGGCUGCCCUGGGUCCCCAGCUCCCCAGGACUCACCCUCUUACCAUCUGCUGCCCCGCUUCCCCACAGAACUGCUUGCUAGCCCUGCGGAGCCGGCACCUACAUCCCCAGGUCUCUCCACUGCUCUCAGCCUCCCAACCCCAGGGCCCCCACAGGCCCCCCGCAGCACCCUGCAGAGUACACAGGUACAGCAACAGGAAUCUCAGAGACAGGCAGCCUAGCAGGCACAGGACACCUGGCCUCCUCCAGGAGCCUACCCGCUGAGAGAAAGCAACAGAGACCCAGAUUGCAUGAAAACCAGCCAGGGGUCCUGUUAACUCCGUCUCAGGGUUCAGACCCUGAAGAUUCCAGAGGCUGCAAAAUUUCCACCUGAACCUGAGGCCAUCGAUUCAAACUGCUCCAAGUGGUGGGAAUCAGAUCUGUGUUGUUGUGUCAUCUAAUUAAGGGAAUCCCUUGUACCUGUGGCUGCCUGCAUCUAUUCUUUGUACCAUCUGUCUUGCCAGCCAGAAGCCUCUGCCUCUCUAGCUUUUCUGCUCUAGGUUAGAGAUGGGCUGAACUGAGCCUAGCUACCUUCUCUAUCCAUCUCCCCCAUCCCCCACUGCCACACCCUCCCCAUUCAUGGACCAAGAAUGACCUGGUUUGUCAAACAGCCACAAAGCUCAAGAUGACAACUCUUUUAAGAAAAUGGAGAAGCUCUGUUUAUAAAACAAAACCAGCUGCUACUCAUAAGUUGGACCAGAGGAAGCCUCUUACCAUGUUCUCAGGAGCUUGCGAGAAGCAGGGAGGGGAAUGGAAUAGGUUGUUUAGGCCUAUCAACCUAAGCAACAGAAAUAACCUGACACUACCUUAUCAGGCAAGUUGGGGAGCGGGGGUGUAUCUAGCUCUAUUUCAAAUUAUUUGGAAGUGUUUCCUGAGAAACUCACCGGCGUAAGAAGCUCUGAUACCAAGGCCCCAGGCUUGUCACUAGCAGCGCAGUCAACAGUUCAAAGAAGUCAUGGCCCAAAUCCAGUGUUCACCUCUCCCCACUCACAGAGCCUUUUUCAUAGUUCCAUUUCCAGUUUAUCUAUGGCAGUCCAGCCAGCUCCUGGGCAGCUGUGAGAUGGCAAACCCAAAACCUCACGACAGCCAGAGCCUGUUUUCCAGCAUUCAGUCCCGACCAGCUCCAGUUUCCCCAUGGGGCUGCGGGACAGAGGACCAUUACAACUAGAUCAAGGAGCCCAGAAAACCUCCAGUAGUCCAAACAGGUUUUCACCAUAGCCUACUUUAACCCAUUUUUGAGCCAAGCUUCAACCCUGAGCCUUGAAAAACAAGUCUUUUUUUAAUUUAAUUUUUGUUUUUUGCUUCCUUCUCAUCGUACGUAGCCUGAAUCCAAAGAAAAAGGGCUGCCUGGCGGUGGCUCACGCCUGUAAUCCCAGCACUUUGGCAGGCCGAGACAGGUGGAUCACCUGAGGUCAGUGGUUUGAGACUAGCCUGGCCAACAUGGUGAAACCCUGUACCUACUAAAAAUACAAAAAUUAGCCGGAUGUGGUGGUGUGCAUGUGUAAUCCCAGCUACUCAAGAGGCUGAGGUGGGAGAAUUGCUUCCAUCCGGGAGGUGGAGGUUACAGUGAGCCAAGAUGGCGCUACUGCACUCCAGCCUGGGUAACAGGGAGAGUGUGUCUCAAAAAACAAAAAAAAAGAGGGCUGUCCAUGUACUCACACACCCCUCAAAAAAAGCCUUUAGUUCCUACUUUAGCCACUGGUUUCUCAGAAUCCAAAGAUCACAUAUUCUAGUGUAACACUGCAAGAAGUCUUGAGAAAAAGAUUAUUGUAGUGUUCAAAAUAUUUUUGCAUUGUUAAUACAUCAUCAUAGAAAAACUUUUUUAAACAUGAGAAUAAAGAUACUUUUUACUGG